AUGGCUAUCUUAUUAACUGGUCUUCUAAACUUUUCUGGUUACGACAUCUUGCCCGUUGACUUCAUGCAACUUCCAAUGCAGCUUGAAAGCGAAGAUGUCAAACUUCAAGGAGACGCGUGGAAGUUUGCUGCAAGUGACUCCAGAAUGACAUGGAUUUUCAAAAACCCAAAUGACAAGCAAGGAAUAAGGACCACAAGGCAUGAAGACCUGGAAGUAUUCUAUGAGAAUAAAAAUAGCAACAACAUUUUUACCAAGGAAGCUCUAGAAACUAUUCAGGUUUUCGAAAGAAAGCUCUAUAAUAAUUCAAUAUAUCAAAAGGAAUUGUGUUUAAUGGAUGAAAAUAAGCGGUGCUCGCUUCCCAUUUCGGUGAUACGGUUUUUUGACGGUACCUAUCGACAUAUCAAUCCGAUUUUCUUUGACCCGCACUUUCAGCARAUUCCGCAAGUUCUUAAAGCAGCCAACGUGUUGAUGACAUCCUCGAUGAGCUACCAUCUUGGGAAGGACUUCAAGAACAGCUCCAGUGAAUUCACUUCUCCGAUCACUAGGUCAAUCUUUUUUACAGCAUACCCCGGGGGAUACGAAAAGGCCCAGACACUUGCUGAGGAUGCAUUUGGUCUCAUCUUGGAUGAUGCAUACACAAAUGGAGUUGGUCCUCUCAAGAUUCACUAUCUCUUGCAGACGCUGAUGUUGAGUUCAGUCCAAAAGCAAGUUAUCUGGGACUUACUUCUCGUCUGUGGAAGUGUCGUUUUCAUAUUCCUCUUCAUGAUCUUACAAACGCAGUCGCUCUGGAUAACUGGUUGGGGCGUGUUCAGUAUUUUUUCUUCAUUCUUCGGAGCUAAYAUCGUUUACCGUAUCCUYUUAGACUUUYGCUAUGUCGGGAUCUUUCACGUUCUCUCGGUGUUCAUCAUCUUGGGUAUCGGAGCUGAUGACGUUUUUGUCUUUUAUGACACUUGGAGAGCAUCCAAGGAAAAAGGAUUCCCAAACCUUCUUCAGCGCUUCUCGUACACAUACAAGCACGCCGCUGGUGCUAUGUUCAUCACAUCCUUCACCACAUUCGUCGCAUUUUUGACCAACGUUUUUUCUCCGUUACUCGCUGUGUCGAGCUUUGGUGUCUUCUCGGCACUCAUAGUCAUGGUGAACUAUGUUUCUGUCAUUCUAUUCUUUCCAACUGUUAUCAUCACUUAUGAACUCUACUGGAAAGACUGGAAGUGGCCAUGCUUCGCAUGUAGGACCAACAGAGUGAGCAACAGUGAUGAAAAUAAGGAAACCGAGCUUGUCCAACAGCAAGAUAAGGAGAAACGAAGAGAUGCUACACUUGUUAUCGCUAACUUUAUAGGGGGGCCUUUUUACGAAAAGGUUAUUGGUCAUAAAGUGGUGCGAUGGAUUCUGAUGGUCAUAACGAUCUCUUUUGUCGUUGUAUCGAUUGUAUUCGCGGUACAACUUCAACCAGACGAUGAGCAGAUGAAGUCAUUUCCACCUUCUUGUUGUAAUGCUUUUCAUACCACUCCUGAAUCAAUCAAUGCCUGGCACUGGAUCAAAGUACAAGAGGUUCUUGUCAUCAACGCCAUUCGAGGUGUUUGCCUUGGCCUUGCACUUACAUUACCMAUCCUCAUUGUCAUGACAACCAAYUGGAUCGUCGCUCUCCUAUGCAUGUUAUCCAUCGCUUGCAUCRCUUUGGGAGUCAUAGGCAUCAUUCCAAUGGUUGGCUGGAAGCUAGGAGUCCUAGAGUCUCUGAACCUCACUCUCGUUGUUGGGCUGGCUGUGGAUUAUGUCGUGCACUUGGCCGAAGGUUACGUCACGUGCCCAUUCCAAUCAAGACAAGAGAAGGUCAAGCAUGCGCUUGAACAUGUUGGAAUCUCAGUGAUAUCAGGCGCUUGUACGACGCUUGGAGCUACAGCCUUCAUGUUUGCAGCCAAAAUACUCUUCUUCUUCCAGUUCGGGAUUUUUAUAUUCUGUACUAUUGGACUGUCUUUGGUCUUUUCUCUGUUCUUCUUCGUGACGUUGCUAGGAAUAUUGGGACCACAAGGAACAACUGGAUCUAUAAAACCCUGGUAUAGGUACAUAAAAAACAAGAUAAAAGGGGAAAAAGCUGGUGAUAUGCAAUGCACAAAGUGUGAUGGUAAAGGGUUCUACUCCUCAGAUAACCAGACUGGCCAAUCACAGAACAACAACCUCGAAAAGAGUGCACAUGCUUAA